GCGUUUAAAAAAAAUAAGAAAACCGCAAAAGAAACGGAAAAAGCGAGUUCAAGUGGAACAAGAAAGAACUCAAGCGUGCGGCAAUGGAACCAAAGCAGAAUCCCCUUGCUUCUUGUUCUUGCUGUCAUUCUCGACGUCCCAAUUUUAUUCGAUUCUCUCGUACCGAUCAAGCUUCAUUCUUCUGAUAAACUAAUGUCGGAAGCCCAAGAAACCCUAGGAAUCCAAUCUCCAAAGAAAAACUCGACUUCCUUUUGUAUAUCUAUUGGUUUUCUGGAUUUUUCUUUCACAUUGUUACAAUGCUGGGAUUGGAACUCUGGUUUAGGGAUUCUGUUGCAUCUCAAUUACCUGAAGUUCCAGCUUUGAAGGACUCGAAUUCGAUUUUCUUCGUUGGCGGAGGGUUAUUUCUCGAAUCAACUGUUCCAGCUUCUUUUGUUUCUUUGAUUUCAUCCAAGAAUUCUUUAUUUGCGCUUUCGAGUUCAACAUCUUCUUCUUGUUCUUCUUUGGUUUGUUGUCGGAAACCCGUUGUUUUUCGGUUAUUCCGACCAGAAAAGAGAGAGUACGGGGUAGUCAGUAAUGGUUUUUUGUCAGUGAGCUUGUCUAUUAAGGGGACUGAUGGAUAUGUUCAAGAGACGAAUGUGUUUCUGGCUCAAAAUGGGGAGAAGAUUUCGGAGGAGGCGGUGGCCUUUGAGGAGAGUAAGGAAGAGAAGGGUAUGCUACAGGGAGCAGGUGCAAUGAACACCACGAAGCAUCUCUGGGCUGGAGCAGUUGCUGCAAUGGUUUCAAGAACUUUUGUUGCUCCACUUGAAAGAUUAAAGCUGGAAUACAUAGUUCGAGGUGAACAAAGGAAUUUAUUUGAGCUUAUCAAGAUAAUUGCAGCUUCUCAAGGCUUGAAAGGCUUUUGGAAGGGAAAUUUUGUCAAUAUUCUUCGUACAGCUCCAUUUAAGGCAGUAAACUUCUAUGCUUAUGAUACAUACAGAAAACAACUGCUUAAAAUGUCUGGGAAUGAGGAAACCACAAAUUUUGAGAGGUUCCUUGCUGGUGCUGCAGCUGGCAUCACUGCUACUCUGCUCUGCUUACCUUUGGACACGAUCCGAACAAAGAUGGUAGCUCCUGGUGGAGAAGCCUUGGGUGGAGUAAUUGGUGCUUUUCGCCAUAUGAUCCAAACUGAAGGAUUCUUUUCCCUCUAUAAGGGCUUAGUACCAUCUAUCGCAAGCAUGGCACCUUCAGGUGCAGUCUUUUAUGGUGUGUAUGAUAUAUUGAAGUCAGCUUAUCUACAUUCACCAGAAGGAAGGAAGAGAAUUCAGCACAUGAACCAACAAGGCCAGGAACUGAAUGCUUUGGAUCAGCUGGAGUUGGGUCCUGUUAGAACCUUGUUGUAUGGGGCUGUUGCUGGUGCCUGUGCUGAAGCUGCUACAUAUCCAUUUGAAGUUGUGAGGAGACAACUCCAAAUGCAGGUUCAGGCAACAAAAUUGAGUGCAUUGGCUACUUGUGUGAAGAUAGUUGAGCAAGGAGGUGUUCCUGCAUUAUAUGCAGGACUCAUUCCCAGCUUAUUGCAGGUCCUACCAUCAGCUGCUAUAAGUUACUUCGUGUAUGAGUUCAUGAAGAUAGUCCUUAAAGUAGAAUGAACACAAACAUUGGAUCCUCAGGAUGGACCCUGGUGUAUUUUCUUAAGGUGCAACUAUAAUGCUGUCAUUUCACCUAAUGAGGUACUUCAAAUUAAGCAUCCCUUCAUCAGUUAACCAUUAUAAGGUACAUUUACAAUAUAAUCAACAUCUUCAGUUGUUGAUUUUGGAAGAAAAGACUUGGGUAUCAGACUUGACUAACUGUUUUUUAGUUUAUAGAACAACAGCACAGCGCACAAGGUAAAGAUAUAAAAAAUCAAGGGUAGAUUUUAUGAAUGUAUAUUAGAACUCAGAUCCUCUACUGCAUGGUCUUUGGGGAAAUCACAAGUUUUAGUUUGUCA